AGGGGCUUCACCACUGCUGCCUGCUGCCCACAGGGAGCCUGGGCACUGACACAGAGGAGCGUCUGGUCGAACACCUCCUGGACCCAUCCCGCUACAACAAGCUGAUCCGCCCGGCCACCAAUGGCUCUGAGCUGGUGACUGUCCAGCUCAUGGUGUCACUGGCCCAACUUAUUAGUGUGCAUGAGCGGGAGCAGAUCAUGACAACCAACGUGUGGCUGACACAGGAGUGGGAGGACUACCGACUCACCUGGAACCCCGAGGACUUUGACAACAUGAAGAAGGUGCGGCUGCCCUCCAAGCACAUCUGGCUGCCUGAUGUUGUCCUCUACAACAAUGCUGACGGGAUGUACGAGGUGUCCUUCUACUCCAACGCGGUGGUGUCCCAUGACGGCAGCAUCUUCUGGCUGCCGCCUGCCAUCUAUAAGAGCGCCUGCAAGAUCGAGGUGAAGCACUUCCCCUUCGACCAGCAGAACUGCACCAUGAAGUUCCGGUCGUGGACCUAUGACCGCACGGAGAUCGACCUGGUGCUCAAGAGUGACGUGGCCAGCCUGGACGACUUUACACCCAGCGGCGAGUGGGACAUCGUGGCACUGCCAGGCCGGCGGAAUGAGAACCCUGAGGACUCCACCUACGUGGACAUCACCUACGACUUCAUCAUCCGCCGCAAGCCACUCUUCUACACCAUAAAUCUCAUCAUCCCCUGCGUCCUCAUCACCUCCCUGGCCAUCCUGGUCUUCUACCUGCCCUCCGACUGCGGCGAGAAGAUGACACUGUGCAUCUCGGUGCUGCUGGCCCUCACCGUCUUCCUGCUGCUCAUCUCCAAGAUCGUGCCACCCACAUCGCUGGACGUGCCACUGGUGGGCAAGUACCUCAUGUUCACCAUGGUGCUGGUGACCUUCUCCAUCGUGACCAGCGUGUGCGUGCUCAACGUGCACCACCGCUCACCCACCACGCACACCAUGCCACCCUGGGUCAAGGUAGUCUUCCUGGACAAGCUACCCGCUCUGCUCUUCAUGAAGCAGCCGCGCCAGAACUGCGCCCGGCAGCGGCUGCGCCAGCGCCGGCAGCAGCAGGAGCGAGCUGCUGGUGGCAGCUUCUUCCUGCGCCGGGGUGCCCGUGCCGGCACUUGCUACGUCAACCCAGCGGCCGCCAAACCGCUUGGAGCAGGAGGCGAUGGGGCCAAUGGGUUCCGGGGGACAGGGCCAGGGCCGGGGCCAGGGCAGGCCCAGUGUUCCUGUGGCCUAGAGGAGGCAGUGGAUGGGGUGCGCUUCAUUGCUGACCACAUGCGGAGUGAGGAUGACGACCAGAGCGUGAGCGAGGACUGGAAGUACGUGGCCAUGGUAAUCGAUCGUCUCUUCCUGUGGAUCUUCGUCUUUGUCUGUGUCUUUGGCACCAUCGGCAUGUUCCUGCAGCCGCUCUUCCAGAACUACGCCUCCCACUCCCUGCUGCAGCUGGCCCAGGGCACGCCCAGUGCCAAAUAGUGCCCAUCCUGCCCGCUCCGGAGACCCUCCCAGCUGAGCACCAAGGGCAGGGCUAAGGACAGUGCUCAGGGUGAAGCAGCUGGGCCGCAUGGGGUGCACCAGGCAGGGGCCCCUUGGGGCCUGGCUGCUGCUUCCAGCCCUCCCCAUGCACCCCUGUGCAUCCUGCUUCCAGGGAGGGCCCCCACAGCUACAGGGGCAGGAGGGCAGGCAAGGGGCUAGUAGGCCCUGCUCUUCACAGCUCCAGCCUGGGGGGUGGGUGGGAGCAGCCAGCCUCACCCUUGCCCAGGCAGAGAGACCUCACCACCACCUGCAGGAACAGAUGGACUGACGCAGAGGACUUUGUUCCUGCUCCUGCUGGGACCACAGGGAUGGCUAGUGCCCCCCUGGCAUGUGCUGGUGCCACCCAGCUCAGCCCCAGGCCAUGAACACCGCUAGGUGCUCUCCACCCUGCACUGCAGAGCUGAGGGGCAGGGGGCUCUGCCCUUAGUGCCCCCACCCAUCCCCACACAGGGCACUGCUCAGCCCCAUGCCCAUAGGCACCAUGGCCCUGGCCUGGGCCCAGCCAGGCCACAGAAGCUUGGGCAGUUGGUGAGGGAGGGAGUGGGCUUAGGGGGCACCAGAGCCUGAGGUGGCACUGUGACGUCUGGCCCAAGGGCACAGCCGCUGCUUCAAGCGUCACCGCAAACCAAUAAACACUUGCACAGACCA